UAGGAAGCAAAGGAAUAUACCUCUUUUUUUUACACCUUUUGCCUCUGACCACUUUGGAUCAUUUGUUGAAAACCAUCAAAGGGGGGGUUGAAAGACCAGCAAUCAUCUGCAUAAUCUCUUUUACAUUUCCCCCCCCUCCUUUUAAAGAAAAGAAGCCUUUUUCCCUGGGAGAGACGGACUUCUCUAAGUGGCAUCACUAUGUUGAACAAUAUGGAUUUGAAUGCGAAAGAUUCCUUUUAUCCUCAGUUUGAGAAUUGCAACAGUUCUUCGCUAGGAAUGGAAAACAGCGUGCGCAAAGAUAACCAGGAGGUGUACGUCGAUGCAGAGCGGGGGGUACCUGCCCAGUUUGGCCACGAAGGAACACCUGCGACCCUCAAAACCGAAGCUUCCAACUCGGAAUUUGCUUUUAACCCCUGCGAGUGCCCAAAAGACACCUACACCCUUUCCUCGCUCGCCUACUCCGGCAGUUUCUAUGUUGAGGCAUCUCAGGGAGCGCCGUGCAGCACCGAAACACUGCUCAACAUGAUCACCGAGAUCGUGGGUAUAUCCACGCUGCCAAUUUCAGAAGUGCAACAGAGCGGCAGCAGUCGCGGAACUUAUCCGUCGCCUGCGCCGAUGGACAGCAGCAGCGGCAAUUUUGGAGACCCCGGCGUAAAGAGGCAAACCUACAGCGGCUCCGGACCCUCUCCUCCGGUGUACUCUCCGGACCAGACGUGCCAGAGGUAUUCCGAUGACCAGGCCGGCAGCCAGGCACAAGACCCGUCCACUUCCCUGCUCACCUUCGGCUCCCCAAGAGCUCCACACCUUAAGAAUGCUGAGCCAAAGUCCGAGGCCGCGUCUUUCCCCGUCGUGGUCAAGAAUGAGUUUGAUAGCAGCUGCUACGAGUGGGGGGCAUUUAACAAGACCGACUGUUUGGAGACGACUUUCCAGACGGAAACCUUCCCCAUGUCCAGCGACUUCCCCCCCGAUCAGCAGAUGGAUGUUAAGGAACUUUUGGACACGUUCCCCGCGAUUUGUCCCAACCCAGAGAUGGAGUUUAAAGUGGAGGGGGGCAUCAAGCAGGAGCCGUGUUUCUCUGACACCUGUUCCCAGAGCUACUCCAGCCCCCUGUACAAUAAUUACCUCCCUCCCCCACCGCCGAUGGGCCUCUCCUCCAACUUGAAACCCUUCCCCGAGCCCCCACAGCCAUCUAAUCCGUGUGACUCCUUAUACACAUCGCCAGCUUUACCAAGCACCAUAGACUCCAUCCUGUAUUCUUCCUUGUUGCCAGAUUCUUUCGCCCAAAGUUACACGACCCGGGUGACCAAGUCCCCCAGGGCCAGAAAGAGCCCCGCCGCCUCCCAUGGCCCAGCCAAAGAGAAGCCCUUCACCUGCCCCAUGGAGAGCUGCGACCGGCGCUUCUCUCGCUCGGACGAGCUCAACCGGCACAUCCGCAUCCACACGGGCCACAAACCCUUCCAGUGCCGCAUCUGUUUGCGCAGCUUCAGCCGUAGCGACCACCUCACCACCCACACCAGGACUCACACCGGGGAGAAGCCGUUCUCCUGCGACGUGUGCGGCAAACGCUUCGCCCGCAGCGACGAGAGGAAGCGGCACGGGCGCGUACACCUGAAACAGAAGGAGAAAAUGGAACUAAAGCCUCAGGUGACCGCCGCCGCGUGGCCGUUCACUCUCCCCGAGGGGAUUUGAAGACAAGGCCACGUUCCCCCUCACUCGCACAUGCAACAUUAGGAUCUUUCCGUCUUGGAAGAUGAGCCCGCUGACCGCAACUUACCGUCUGAGUUGGUCUGACAUGGCGAGUCCGGAGGUUUUGCGCAUAUUCGCUGUUUUUGUGGAGCAGAGAGGGAGUGAAGAAGUUGUGCUUCGCCUUUUUUUGCCUGCUGUGGAUGUGGCUGACUCCAGGCAAAGGUGCAUUAUAAAAGUAAACAGCUCAUCAGUGACUGGCUGCUGUUUGUGUCAGAGCCGAACCUCUCUGCUUCGACAUUGCAUGACUGCUGUUCAGCACCUCUUCAUGUGGACAGCUCCAUCCUCCAUCCGCCUCCGGGCCUGGAUGGUUUGCACUUACAGAUUAUUAACUAACGCCAUUUAAGAUUCUUAUUUUUGGCUUUUAGCAUUCUUAGAGCAAUGGUUUGGACGAUGUUCCUUAAGAUGCAUGUUUAUGUCAGUGUUUCCUUUUCCUUUAACAACCACUGUCAAGCUUCUCUGUCACUGCACAGUGAGGGCAACUGACAUGAAUGUAGGCGAACACAUUUAUGGCUUCGACCAUAAAGCUGUCCAUCUUUGAUCAAAUUUAAAAACUUCUUUAUCAUUUAGAUGUCAGUGUUUUUUGUCAUUGGUCUUUGUGUUGUGUUACAAUUGUUUGGAUUAUUACAGUUGUGAAAGAUAUAUCAUAAAUGGGAAAUAAAUAUAUUUGUAUUACUGUACUUCUUUGUAUUUUUAUAGCUAACUGUAUAUUUGACAUUUAUCACAUUUGAGUGUCAUUUCUAAGGUGAAAUGUAUUAUAAUGAAUAAUGUCUUGGUUUUUUGAGGGCUACUGUUUAGUAACACAAUAUUUUAAAUGUUACAAUUUGAUAUCAGAAACAUUUUUGCACUUCAUGCCAGUGUUGGUAGGAUGAGUGCUGUUUCUUUGAACUGCUGAUGUGGAUUUAAAAGGGAGCAGAAUGUACACUAGUUAUGAUGUGGCUUUUCAACCAACACAUCAUUUGGCAGUAUGUACAGAACUGUGUUUAAUCAAGUUAGACAUGAUGAACAAAUCAUAUAAUCAUUGCUUUUGAGUAAAUCAGGUAGCACACAUUGCUGCAAGUUUCUGUGGACUAAACCUUGAUGAUGAGAAGGGUUUGACGGAUGAUAUCUUUUACCGGAAAUGAAUGCUGAAAUGUUCACUUUAGCAAAAAUACAAAAAAUACAAAAUAAGAUGAAAAAAAUAGUAUAAAACUAUGUUGAGGGUUUGGUGAAAUUGUCACCAACAGGGUAUUGCAAAAAAGUAAUUUAAAUCGCCUUAAGUUAUAUUAACUGUUCAAGUAAAGAUUUUGUACAUACAUAGUUUCUACAAUACUUUAAAUUAAUAUUGAUGUUGUUAUUUUUAUGAAAAGUUUAUGAACAAAAUAAACAUUUUCUGGAAGCAGCAAGUUUCUUGUGCAUGGUUCCGAUUCAUCGACCAACACUUAUUUCCUCUCACGCUUUGUCCAAUCUGUUUCACACAGUGCAGAGACCCCCCAUCGGAGAAUUCACAUGAGUGUAUCUCUUCCCGAAAUAUACAUUCAAACAGGCCACCUGUGGCACCACACUGCAGCCCGAGCAUUAGACAGCACAGCUCUGCCCUGUGACUCACGCAGCUUUUGACUCAAGCACAUUAAAGUGAAUACCCCAUCGCUCAGUGCUGUGGUUCUGGAACCACUCGACUUCAAAUAUCACUUUUCUCAUGAUGUAAAUGCAGAGACGCACACUGAGGACGCCACGAUAAUCUCUACAGGAAACCUGUUAAACAGGACAUUUUCUUACCCUGUCAGUGAGAUGAUCUGAUGCUGUCGGUUUAUUCAUUUCUUUGUUCAGUCACUCAUCGAUUUUUGCAAUAAAAAUAUAAA